UUUUCUCGUGGGGGAAGUACAUGCGUUCGAGAGGAAAACGAAAUGGUAUAUAAAGGAAUCGUUUUGAUGGAUUAAAUCAUCAGUUCUCAUCUCCAAUCAUUCAAAUAACAACUUCAAAUUUUAACAAAACAACAAAAUCAAAACUCAUCAUGAACUCAAUGAUCGUUCUCGCUCUUACCCUUCUUGCCGGUCAAACUUUGGCCUCAUCCAACUACGGAUCAUCAAGCUACGGAUCAGCCCCAAGCUAUGGAGCCGCUUCAUACCCAUCAGGUUCAUACGGUGGUGACUCAUACUCGUCAGGUGCUUCAUAUGGAGCUGGUGGAUACGGUGACGACUCAUACUCCGGAGACUCAUACGGUGCCGGUUACGCCGUCGCUGCCCCCAAGGUCAGAAAAGUCAUCAUUGAACGACCUGUCGUUAAGCCAGUAUACUUGACCCAAAAAGUCACACAAUACAAAACUGUCUCAGUCCCAAAACCCGUCAUCGUCACCAAACACGUCCCAGUCGUAGUUAAGAAACACGUUCCAGUUGUUGUCAAGAAAUACAUCCCAGUCCCAUACUCAGCUCCUUCAUACGACUCAUCUUACGGAUCAUCAUACGGUUCAUCCUCAUACGGAGCCCCAUCAUACGGAGCUGGUUCAUACUCCGCCGCCGACUCAUGGUCUGGUGACAGUUACGCUCCAUCAUACGGAUCAUCAUACGGCUCAGACUCAUACGGAUCAUCAGGAUACGGAGAUGAUUCCUAUGGAUCAUCAGGAUACGGUGAUGACUACAAAAAGGCCGCCGCUGCCAAGAAGGCUUAAGUUAAUUUACUAAUCACAAUUUAACUUUACAUCUUCCAUCUGUGUAUAGACCAUUUAUCACUCUCUCAACAACAAUUAGCUCUCCAUCAUCAUUUGCAUAAUUAAAUGUACAGAGAAUAUCAAAUUAGUUUCUGAUAAAUCUUCUUCCGUUUCCUCUCUUCAUUUGAAGAUAAAAACUAAAGAAGACAAAAGUUGUAAUCAUAUCUCUCACCAUCACGAUCAUCUAAUUGAGUUAAAUUGUAAACAAGAUCUUAAUCAACUACAGUUCAAGUUAUAACAAUUUAAUCUCAAUCUAAUGAUAAAUACAAUUUAGAAAAAAAUAAAACUCAUUUUAUAAAUUUUGAAAAA